UAAGCUCUUCCUCUCAUGCCAGUCUUUUGAAGGACAAGAAGCAUACAUUAAAGCUUUUGCUAAUUGCACCAUUUCAACACUAAGUUGUUCUCUCACCUCCCAAAAUGUCUCAACAAAUUUCCAUGGCUACUGCUCAAACCCAAAAUCAAGAUGCUAAGGUACAUCGUCGCUUAGCAAAUUUUCGUCCAAGCUUAUGGGGAGACCAUUUCCUCUCUUAUUCUAAUAAAUCCGAGGAAACUAUUGAUGACUUGGAGAAAGUCCAAGGGUUGAAGGAAGAAGUGCAAAGGAUGUUGAUGGCUCCCAUCGAUAAUCUUCUAGAAAAGUUGGAGUUGAUUGAUGCAAUCCAACGUUUAGGUGUGUCUUACCAUUUUGAAAGUGAGAUUGAUGAAGUAUUACAACAAAUUCACAGCUAUCAUUAUACGUGUGAUGUCCAAGAAAGUGAUGAUGCUCUUUACACCGUUGCACUUCAUUUUCAAUUACUUAGACAACAAGGUUAUAACAUUCUAAGUGUAGAUAUCUUCAACAAAUUCAAAGACAAUAUGGGAAACUUCAAGGAAUCACUUACUAACGAUGUGAAUGGAAUGUUAAGCUUUUAUGAAGCUACACAUAUGAGGGUGCAUGGAGAAGAUAUACUUGAUGAAGCACUUAAGUUUACUACCACUCACCUUGAAUCAAUGGCGAUUAAUUUCAGCCCUCCUCUUGCCACACAAGUAAGCCAUGCUUUAAAUCGACCUAUUCGAAAGUGCUUGCCAAGGGUAGAGGCCAGGCAAUACUUUUCUAUCUACCAAGAAAAUGCUUCACAUAAUGAAGUUCUACUAAACUUUGCAAAAUUGGAUUUUAACAUGUUGCAAAAACAACACCAAAAGGAACUUAGCCAUAUCUCAAGGUGGUGGAAAGGUAUAGAUGUUGCAACAAACCUAUCUUUUGCACGAGAUAGGAUGGUGGAGUUAUACUUCUGGGCUUUGGGAGUAUACUUUGAACCCCAAUACUCUCUUGAUAGGAAGAUGCUAACCAAAAUAAUGUGCAUGAUAUCAAUCAUAGAUGACAUAUAUGAUGCAUAUGGCACACAUGAAGAACUCGAGCUCUUCACAGACGCAAUUAAAAGGUGGGAUAUAAGUUGCAUAGACCAACUCCCAAAAUACAUGAAGUUGUGUUAUAAAGUACUCUUGGAUGUUUUUGAAGAAAUUGAAGAAGAGAUGUGCAAGGAUGGAAGAUUAUACUGUGUUUACUACGCAAAAGUUGCAAUGAAAAAACUUGUUCAAGCCUACUUUGAAGAAGCCGUAUGGUUGAAAGAAAAAUAUAUUCCCACAAUGGAGGAAUAUAUGAGUAAUGCACUAAUAACUGGUGGUUACCUCACGCUUAGCACCAUAUCUUUUAUUGGCAUGGGAGAUAUCGUGACCAAGGAAGCAUUGGAAUGGGUCAUCAAGGAGCCGAAGAUUGUUAGAGCAGCAUCAAUCAUAAUCAGGCUAAUGGAUGAUAUUGUUUCCAAUGAGUUUGAGCAAGAGAGAGAGCACGUUGUCUCGGGCAUCGAGUGUUACAUGAGGCAAUAUGGUGUCUCAAAGCAAGAGGUACAUGAAGAAUUUCGAAAGCAAAUCGUGAAUGCAUGGAAGGAUAUAAACAAAGAGUGUCUUAGACCUACUGAAGUGCCAGAACCUCUCCUUACACGUGUUGUCAAUCUUGCACGAGUUGUGGAUUUACUCUACAAGGAUGAAGAUGCAUACACACAUCUUGGAGGAGUGAUGGUAGAGGGUAUCACCUUAAUGCUUGUUGAUCCAGUACCAGUUUGAAGAUAUUGAUGCCAGUGCUCAUUAUGAGCACAAAAUUAUAACUAAGUUGGUUCCUUAAAUAAAGAUUUGAUAAACUGUCCAACGAAGUUAAUAUAAAAUGAAUGUGUAAGUGUCUAGAGUGAAAAUUUUACUUGAACUCCAAAUUACUCUAAAAAUUAGGAGCCCGAUGUUUUUUUAGAAUAAAUAUUGUUUCAAUAGGUGAUUAAUGUGUGAGAAUUAUUUCUACAUUACUUUUCUCAUACGGUUCCAUUUUGUAGAACUCUGCUUUGUUAAUCCGCAAUAAUUAAUAUAUGUUUCUUGUGCAUGUGUUCUAACAAUGAACAAAUUAUUCAAUGCGACAA